CUUCUUUUCAUUGGACUGGGGGAUCAGGAGAAAACCUUCAAGACGGAGGGGGUUGUAGAGCAUCGAGGGAAAAACAGGGGCAACAUGAGAGAGCGGGACUUCAUGCCCAACAUGGAGAGAGGCAAACCUGCCACUUACACAGGGGACAAAAAGGCUAAAAUGGCUGCUAAGACUAACAAGAAGUGGGUGAGACUUGCCACUGUUUUUGCAUAUGUGUUGUCUGUGUCCUUAGCAGCCAUCAUCCUGGCUAUUUACUACAGCCUGAUCUGGAAACCGACCAGCGCAUCCUCUUCUGCUGGAAAGCCUGUGCCUGAAGGGGUCACCCCCACCGCCAACAUCUCAGCUGUUUCUCCAAACAGCAGCGCCUCAGAGUGGAACUCUACACAGACAGUGCUGCUGACAGAUAAGGCAGUCAACCAGACAAGCGGGAUGUCCACGACCCCCAGCAAUUAUGCGCAAAGAGGGGCCGUUUUCACGUACGUGGCAGCGGGGACAGAAAGUACGCAGGAGGAAAGACUGUACGCAUCUUCCCACGGUGACGCGAACAGGAGCGCUCCUCUCAGCCCAGAGGACGAGAGCGACGCGGUGAGCGAAACCAGCAGCCCUGAGCAGACGGCCGCAGGAACAUCUGGACCUCCGACUUAAAGCCGGACCUGAGAGGACACUGACUGGGCAAGCCAUUUUAACCCAUUGCUGCAUCCUCUGUUAUUUAAAAUAGAAACUUUUACAUUCUCUAAACCGCAGGUCGGAUUAAAAUAAAGGUCUUCUUGGUGGAGAGCUCAGUUUGCAGAGCCCCUGCAUGGAUGCUGGACUGCACAUCUUGAUUCCAUGCCUAAGAACAGAGGAGCUAUUUCCCCCUUUACUAUGCUUUCCUUUUGUUUCAGGACAUUUAUAUGCCUUAACUCAUCUUUUGAAGCCACUCACCUGCCCUAAUGUCUGGACAAAAUUUAGUGAAAUUUUUCUCUAAGUUAUAAGGAGUAGAUUUUUCAGGAUGUUUUGGUGUACUGAGCUAUCGUUAAUCAAUUUAACCCAUUAGUUCAGCAUUUAAAUGCUAUAUGGGUCAGAAAAUGUUUUGCCAAAUUGAGUUGUUUGCAGGUUACGUCAUAGGUAUAGGUCGGUUUGAGCUCUGGUUUAAUAACUUUGAGUACCACAGAUACCACAGAUUUACUGUACGUCAAUUCAAUAUCUGAACUGAAAAAGGAUUACUUUUAUUUACAGUUAAUCACAUUAAGGGGUUUAUGUUUUUUGGUUUGUUUGUUUUUUUGCAGGAUUUUAGCCUUUUUGCGGCUCUUAAACAUCUUUAAUUCAAAGAUGAAGUUAAAACAAGGCCUUGUCUAGUAACAUCCCAUUCAUAGCUUGUAAACAGUUAUUUCAAAAUCAACCUUAGCCAUGAUAAUAGCUGGAGCUGCUUUUGUUUAUACACCAUGAUACAUGAUACAUUUAGCAUCUAAUUUGUCUUUCUUUUAAGCAUGGAAGAAGUAGUAGCCAGCUGGCUCAAAGAAAAACGUUUUUUUUAACAAUAUUCUCUCUGACCUUAUUAGACUAAAUCUAAGAGUGGGACUGCUAAGUCAAAAAAAAAAAAUCAGAAAACUUUAUAAAGCUUAGAAUACCUUCAUACUAGCCUAUGCCUAUGCAAUGUGCAGUUUAGUAAAAAGUAGAAACCAUGGGUUUGCAGCACUGAUGCACUAUUGGGUUGAGUAGCAGUAUCCUGCCAGCCUGAGUGAAAUCCACAUGAGCCCCUCAUACACAACUUAGCCAAUUCAUAGCUUAAUUUUGUUUACAAAUUGCAUUUAAACUGUGCUUUCCUUGUCAGAUCAACCCUUGAUUCUCAUUAGAAGAGCCUACAUUAUUAAGUUAUGCUCAGGUACAGUAUGUGCAUAUAACCAUGUAAAUGUUAUGUGUAUUUGGUUAUGUACAUAUAAGGGAGGCAUACAUAUUUUGGCCUUGAAACUUUAGUGGAACUAUAACAGAUUUUUAUUCAAAGUUACAAUAUGUACAAUAGGUAAAAUAUAUCAUUCAAAAAAAAACAGUAGGACAUGAUUAAUUUCUAUGGUUUUCUAUCAGGUUUAUGUUAUCACCCUGUAUGCUGAUGAUAUAUUUGUUUAUUUAGAGCAUGUUUCUCGAACUGUGGCACAGGUACUACUGGUGGUACUUGUGCCUUUAGUGGUACUCAGAGGAACUUAUGGUAUCAACUAUUUACAAGGUAAAUAUGAUGUAAAUGAGCUGUAAAGUGGAGCUAAUAAGCCCAUCUUGCUGAAAAGAAAAGAUGUUUGUGCACAUUGAUCUGAUGCCGAUUUAGAUCACCCGCCGGGAAUACCGAUGAAAACUAGCCUUUUGGUACAUUUACAUUUAAGUUUAUAUGUUUAUUAAUGUACAUUAUCCAUUUUGAACACAUGUAUAUAAAUAAAUAUAUAUUAAAAUUGAA